CUGAAUAUCGGAACGCAGUCUGAAUUUUUAUAUAGUCCAUGCUUGUCCUGAAUGAAGAUUAGGUUAGGUUGCAGAUUUGUUGGAAGUUCCGGUUGAUCCAGGUCGAUUCACAUAAGCUGGGUGCAAUUUAAGACGACUACGAUUACCUGUCAUAUUUUCUACCAGUAUUGAUUUUGUGCCUGAGCAAUUAUGACGUCCAAAGUUACUUUCAGAAUAACUCUCACAUCCGAUCCUAAUCUGCCAUAUAAAGUGUAAGUGACUUUAAGAUAUAAAUGAUAUGUCCAAUCGCAUAUGUUAACAUGCAAGCCACUGGUUCUGAGAUUUUUAAGACUAUCGAUGCGUUUCUCGCGCUAUUGCAAUCUCCAGUUGCUACUGAACAAAUGACUAUAGAACAUGUGAUGCAAGGUUUCAAUUGUGCUCAUUUUAUCGAGAUUACCAUUGCCAAAAUGCAAGCUGAAGACAAAAAAUUACUUUUCGAAAAGUGCUUACGUCAAAAACUGGAACGAAAAUUAUAUCCACAUGAGAAUAUUACAUGUUCUGAUUUGGAGAAAGCCUGUGACAAAUUGUUGGAAUGUUAUUUGAAGGACAAUCAUAUUUCUACGGUAAUGGUAGACGAAUAUCUAAAACUGUAUACUCAACAUUUUGGACAAGACAGAUUAAACGCCUACCUAAAACAAACAAUAAGUCAUGCUUUUGCCGUGAACAUGGUUGUUAAUUGUUUAGAAGAAUUAGGAGUACCAUUCUCUAGUAUGGAAGAUGAAGCAUUAAUCAUGUCAUGGCAAAUGGCAUUAGCUAAUGGCGAUCAAGACGAAGUAAUGAAAUGCAUAAACAAGAUGAUAAAUGAUGGUUGUGUUUCAAGAUUGGUGUGCUUAACAGUUGAAUCGCAUGAUGAUACUAUUAAACAAUUGGUUACGCAGACCUUUACUUCAAAGCUAGUGGACUAUGAUUCUGAUAUAUGUGUAGCUCUAGCAAAUACCAAAAAGAAGUCGCUUUUAAAAUUGCUUCAAGACAGUGAUCGUUUUUGCAUAGAUUUCGUCGAUGCGAUAUUCUACUUUGGCCGAAAUAUGUGUCUAGUGGAUGGAAAAUGGCAUUCAGAUUUUACCUUUGAAUACGAACAUCUCUGUCAAAUGAUGAAAAUGUUAUUAAAUGGUCCUCGCGUAAUUCGAGAACCAAUAUACAACAGAAUAUCUAUUGUUAAAGCUCAACCUGGUAGCGAGAUAUGGACUGAUAUUGAAGCAGAUAUUUUUAGUUAAUUCUCUAAAUUCGAUGUGUUUUGUAAUAUAAAUUAUGCUUGUAUCGUUCUACAAUGUAAUUUUUGCAAAAAAAUGAAUAAAAUUUUUUUUACA